AUGAAAUCAGCAUAUUUACAAGAAUUGGAGGAUCAACAAUUAUAUGGUUCCAAAAUUGCUCCACCCGGUGGUUUCGCUUUACCUUUUGUACUCGUACAGACUCACUCUCAUGCGGAAGUCGAGAUUGAAAUGUCGGAAAAUACGCAACUCGUCCAUUUUGACUUCAAUGGCACCCCGUUUGAACUACAUUAUGACAAUUAUGUACUCAAGGAAAUGAAGUUAUGUGGUCGAUCAAAAGGAGGUGAUGACAUGGCAAAGGGUGGGUCUGUGGAUGACAUGGCAAUCGGUGGGACCACCAUACCAUCCAAUAGACCUCCCCUUCCUGGUAAACUCAAGGCUCGUGGCAAGCGUGAACAUUAG